AUGUUGCAACAACGAAACUCUACCAUCACCCCAUCAUCAUCCAACAACAACCCUCCUCAUCAGAAUAAUUACACCAAUACGGAUGAUGAGAAUCACUCCAAACAACAACAACAACAUGUCGGUGAUGAACUUUUCGAUAUUGAAAAGAAUAUGCCGUCAUCAUCAACACAACGUUCCGAGAGUUUUUCAUCAGUAUCAUCAUCAUCAACAAGACAAUACGAUCAAAUUAAAACAUCAACACUUCCGCGUAGGAUUGGAGGCAUGUUGAGAAGUUUGCUCUGUACUCGAAAGGGAUUAUUCAUUCUCCUAUUAAUUGUUUUUAUAAUUUUGUUCAUAUUGAGAUGGUUUAUUUAUGUGUAUAAUGGACCUGAUUGGGCCGUAGAGAUGGCAGGUCCAGUCUAUGCUAAUAAGAAUAAGGAGAGUUUGUAUUUGGUCAAGACGAAUACAAAUCCUUCAUUCUUGAUUUUGACACUAUCUCCGAAGAGUGAUGUUUGGAUUUCUAAUCAAUUAGUUCGUAGAGGAUGGUGGGAAAGUGCUAUUGAAAAAACAUUUGAGGAAGUGUUGGAUGACGUAUUCAAGAAACCAAAUGUUGAGUGUAAUAUGAUUGAUGUGGGUGGAAAUUUAGGAUUCUUCUCCUUGUUGAGUGCAGCUUAUGGAUGUCAAGUUUCUACUUUUGAAGUUCAACCUGAAAUGGUUGAGAGAAUUAAAGCUUCUGCUACAAUUAAUGGAUUUAAGAAUAUUCAAGUCCAUAAUAAUGCUGUAACUAGUGUAAGUUUUAGCAAUAAUUCAUCUAUUUAUUCACAAUUAUUUAACAUUUUGCAAUGUGGAAAUUAA